AUGUAAAUGAAAAUGAAAGCAAGUCCGUCUUCCGCAUUUGAGGAACAAUUUGGCCAAGCUAUUGUUGUUCUGAACGAUUUUAUGUUUAAAACAUGCAGCUACGCGAAUGCAUAUUUAUUUUAGUAAUGAUGAGGAUCUCUAAAGGGUUCAUUGUGAAAGGUCCCACAUAUCCUCUGGUUGUUCCUCUCGGAGGUUCAUUGGUUCUGCCAUGUUCUGUGGACGUUCCCUUGGCAAAUGACAAAUUAAAGGUGGUUUGGAUAAGGACGGACUCAAAUGUGUUAGUUCAUGUGUUCCAGUACGGUGAGAGUAGACCAGAUGCCCAGUAUAAGGAUUUUUAUAAUAGAGCUCAUUUUUUCACUGAAGAGAUCCAAUAUGGAAACUUCUCCCUACUGUUGAAGAACGUGAGAGCUGAAGAUAAAGGCUUUUACAGAUGUAAAGUUUAUAAUGAGGUGGAUUCUGAUGAAGCUCUGGUUGAGAUAAAAGCAGUUGAGCGUUUGAUAGCAGCAAGCUCGACACACAACAUGUCUGCACAUGUAGGUGAAGAUGUUACUCUAAACUGCACGGUGGACUCUCACAUCAAACCUGAAGAGCUUGAAAAGGUUUCAUGGAGGAAAACAGAUAAAGAUGGAGAUGGACACAUCCCGGUUCUGUUCUUUCAAAACAACAAGACUUUACCAGAAUCAUCAGAUGAACAAUACAGAGACAGAGUUGAGUUCUUCACUGAUGAAAUCCACAGAGGAAACUUCUCUCUCAGACUGAAGAGUGUAAGAACUGAGGAUCAAGGAGUUUACAUGUGUCAGGUUAUUGAUGGAGAACUUUCAGCAAACACAACUAUAGUACUUCAUCAACUGGGUUUCUCUGUUUUACACAUAUUUGUGUUGAUUUUCUGUAUUAGUGCAUGUGGAUCUGCUCUUCUGCUUUCUGUUAUAUGGUACAGAUCACAAAAUACAAGUGGAGCUCUGAAUUAUCAGAUCUGUGUUAUCUCUGUACCAAAUCUCAUUAUGUUCUUUGCCUUCUUGUUCUGGGGGGUUACUGAAGGUUUCCUGAGUGAGACUGUUGCCUGCUGUUCUCACUGUGUCCUCCGGAGUCUUCUGCUGUUAUGGGUUUCUCCAUAUUCAGAUGAUUCCCCAGGCAGUCGCAGAAUCACAAUGCACAGUAUUGUUCAUCUAGAAUAUGCCCUCUUCACAAAUAUUAUUUAUUCAGUUCUUUAUCGAUCUUUUCGACAAAAAAGUCUAAAUUAUUCAGAAUCUGAUAGAGUCCUGAUAACAAUCCUGUUUGCAAUAAUGCUUCUGAUAUGCAUCAUCAAUAUCAUUUUCUUAUUGGCUGAGGUCAUAAGAAAUAAAGAUGGCAACAUGCGUGCUAUAUUAGACUUUGUGUCUGAUAUUGGACAUGAUGUUUUGCCUCCAUUGCAACUCAUCUUCCUCUAUUAUGCUUUUGGAGCUGCUAAUCACGGACUUUUUUAUGUUGGAGUUUUUCCACUGUUCUUAACUUUGACAAGAUACAGUUGGAAGGAUGCAUGUGUGAAAAAGAUCAAACAUGUAAGCUUGUUCAAGAGAGUGGCGUGGUUAUGUUUCAUGAUAGUGGUGACUUUUAUAAUGGUAUAUUCUUACCGCAUUGCACUGAACAAAGAGAAAGAUUGUAUUGGAUGGACAUGUGUAGCUGCAUUUCUACAAGUUCUCUGGGGAAUCGUCGUUCUGAAACAUUCAUUUGGUGAUCUGGAUCUCCCUUAUAGGCAUAUUGUAUAUCUUAUUGGAUCUGUUGGUGUUGUGUUUGUGGACUCUAUUGCACUGAUGACAGAACUUAUACUGAAAACAGCCAAUGGUGAUCGUGCAGUGGGGGAUCUGAGAAUUGUUGUCUUCCCCUGUGAAUGCAUCUUUGCAAGUUGUGUACUGAUGUUAGUCAUCUUUGAACGCUACAUCACAAAACGGCAGCAGUGUUCUCAGAAUGAGGCACAGUCUGAUCCAGCCAAUGCAUCUCACCAGGACCAGCAUUCUCAGAAUGAGGCAGUAUGUGAUCAAAGCAUGCCCAAUGGACCAGAGCAGAAUGCAAACAAUGAAUCACAUGAAAUGAGAUCACUGUUACAGACACAAGAAAACACAACCUAAAUCACAAACAUAACUAAUGAUGAGACAAUAAACUUAUAUUCAUUGAUUUAUAUUUAUAAAAUUAUGUCACACUUUGGCUUGGUGCGAAGAUUUAAAAUGGCAGUACAAUUUUAUUGACCGACAAGCAUUCGACUUGAGAUACUUUUUAAAUGUGUUUUCACAUUGGUGCUGCGAGUAUAUACAGUACUGUGCAAAAGUCUUAGGCCACCAUGCCAAAAUUAGAUUUGUUGUUUUUGCAAUAUUAUAAUGAUCAUAUAUAAUUGUUUCUCAGUCUCUUUAAUAGAAUACAACCAGAAAAUACAGGAAAUGUGUAUAUAGUAUUAAAAACUGUAUAAAAAUGUAAGCUGAAGUGUCAAGUUUUUAGGAUAACUCCCCUUACACUUGAGCAAUAGCAAGAAAGCAACUGCAGGAUCUCUUAAACCUAAAUAAAAUUAAUCCUUAUUUAUAAUUUUAAAGAAACUACUCUUUUUACUUCAUUCUGCUCAAAAACGCUCAAGAUGCCUAAAGAAGACAUUCAGUCCUGAAAAUAAAUUUUUAUAGCAUAUUUCCUGUAUAUUCUGUUUGUAUCUUAAUAAAAUAAAUUGAAAAAUAAGUAUGGAUGGACAUUAAAACUACUAAAACAACAAGUCUGGUGGUGGUGGCGGACUAAGACUCUUGCACAGAACUGUAUGUCAAGUAGAAAUAUGUAUACUUCAACUUUUCAGAUUUAGAUCUAGAGUUUUGAAGAGUUAUGAAACACUACCUCUGUAUUUCUACCUCCGCACACACCAGUUCAGAUUUUCUAUUUGAGUUAUUUGUAGAGUAAAUACCUUAAAAACGAACAACUGUAAUUUGGGCAGCUGUGUCUGCCUUUGGUGUGUGUUGCCCAAUAAAGCAGAGGAUGAAUGUGCUCAGUAUCAGGAUGGGAAAGCUCCUAGUGAAAAAGCUCCUAGUAAAAUAUAGUGGUGGGGAGCACACUGUUUCAAAAUGUUUGUCUGUGGUCAUUAAAAGAAAUAUAAAUAUAUUUUUGUUGAUAUUAUACUGUAUGAAAUGGUGUUAGGGAAGUAAAAACUGUAUGGGUACAUAUUUUUUACCUGGAAAAUUUUAUAUACUUUAAAAUGUAUGUACAGUUUUCAUUUAUAUUGUAUUAUAUUCAUAUAUUUUCCUUAAAUGUUACAAUUUGUAUGUUCCUUCAUGAUGGUUAACAUUCGCAACUUAUUCAAGGAUGAAUUUGUUUUAUCGUCACUUAAGUUUGCGUAAAACCAUCUGCUAUGUA